AUGCGACGUGACGUGCAAGAAAUAGUGAAAAUGACACCGCAGGAGAAGCAAGUGAUGAUGUUCAGCGCUACUUUGCCGAAGGAUUUGCGAGUGGUGUGCAAGAAGUUCAUGCAAGAUGUAAGAUUUUCUGGUGCACAAGCAACAGCUCCUCUCACAUUUGUACUGGAACGCCAGCUGCUGAUGGCUGCUAAAACUGCUGCUGCUCAAAAACGAUUUUUGAUCGAAAAGUUGUACUUCUGGCAGUCUAAUUGCUGUGGCGCUGCUGCUGCUGCUGCUUCCGCUGCGAAGGCUUUCUUCCCAAUGGAAGUUUAUGUGGAUGACGAAGCGAAACUGACGUUGCAUGGUCUUCAGCAACAUUACGUGAAAAUGAAAGAGACUGAAAAGAACAGGAAACUACUUGAACUGCUCGAUCAGCUCGAAUUCAACCAAGUGAGUUUCUCUUUCCUGCAUUUGUUUGGCCCCCUUAGCUUCCCCUGUUGA